ACUCGUCUAUCGGCGGCUUUAAGAGUUAAAAAUCUCUUCGCCACAUUUAGUCAGCGACCGCAUUUCGAUCGUAAACCCGUGUGUGUGAAGAUAUCGAGCAGUCAUGGGCGUGGAUGUCGAAGUUAUUUCACCCGGGGACGGUCAGACUUUCCCAAAGACUGGACAGACCGUAGUUGUUCAUUACACAGGUACACUAACAAAUGGAAAGAAAUUCGACUCAAGUCGAGACCACGGUGCACCGUUCAAGUUUAAGAUUGGCAAGGGUGAAGUUAUCAAAGGAUGGGAUCAGGGAGUUGCUCAGAUGUCUGUGGGUGAGCGUGCUCGCUUGACCUGCUCACCGGAUUUCGCAUACGGCAGUCGAGGCCACCCUGGCGUUAUUCCCCCAAACGCAACCCUGAUCUUCGACGUGGAGCUCCUCAAGGUCCAGCCUUGAACGUCCUUCCAUCGCGAAAAUGCCAAACUGACUAAAUGGAGGAUCUAAUCGCCGUGAAAAAAACAACAGAACAUCAUAAAGAAUUUAACACCCCUUUUUCUUAAAUUAAUUCAUCUACAACGGCACAAUGUACACUUUAUUCAAUCGCUCAGGUGUCCCGGACGGGAUUGACUAAUUAAUCAAUGGACUUGAGGACAAAUGAACAUCUCCAAGGAUGAAACUCCAACGCUGGAUUGACAUGACCAAUAAAAUUUCAUAACGAUCAUUUUUACGAAACUUUGCAAUUUUUAAUAAAUAUAUUUAACGAUCCGAUGCUUCAGGUCUCAUGACCCGUUUGAGGAAAAAUGCAUUGAAAUUCUUCGAGCGAUAACUCCGCAUUUAUAAAUAUUUAUCUAUUGUACACCGUGUUAUUCUACAAUUUAACGAUUGUGUAAUAUUUUUCUUUUUCCUUUUUGUAUCGAGCGAUUGAAUUAAAGAAUUAUUGAACCAUA